UAUUAAUUUAUUAUUUACUUUUAGGUAAAAAAACCCAGGGGCUGGGGGAGUACGACCCCCUGACCCAAGCGGACAGCGAUGAGAGCGAGGAGGAGGAGGAGGAAGACGAGCUGGUCCUCAACUUCCCCAGGAACGGGUUCAGCCCCCAAGCCUGCUGCAGUACCGGCCUCCAGACACAGGGGGGCAACAGAGAGCGGGCCGCCGCACGCAAACACAGCCGCCUGACAGGCGGACACGAGGCCCCGGUCGACAGGGGCGCCGGCUCUGACCCGGAGCCCAAGGGCCGGGCCGGCCGGGCCCAGCUGAUCAGAACCACGGUGUUUCUCGCCACGCUGUGUGUCUCGGUGCUGGCUGUGUUGAUGUGUGCGUUUCUCAUUCCCUGUAGAAAGGGGGCGCUGUGGCCCAAGCAUUGGAAUAGGAGCGUGGGGGAGAUGGGAGACGUGUCCCUGCCUCCCCUGGAAUUAUGGGAUGUAGAUAACGAUACCGUCACUGAUGUCGUCAUAGCGAUGACCCAGCCAGCCAAUGACAGCUCAGCAUCUCCAGUCCACUCAGUCUCUGCUCUCUCCGGUAUCGACGGCGCCCCCCUGUGGACCCAGUUGGUUCCGGAGGAAGCCCGGUUCAUCCAGUGCGGGUUCGAGACACUGGGGAGGGGGCCCGGCCCGGCCUGCCUGCUCACUGGGACCAGAACUCUGCUCCGAGCCGUCCAAGCGGACACUGGUUCGAGUCUAUGGCAGCUCUCUCCUCAGGCUCUGGGGGGACGGAUCGCAGGCCCAGCUCUGCGGGUUCCUGAUCUCAACGCAGACUCCGUGCCCGACCUGCUCGUCAGCGUGCUGCCCGGGGAUCAGUCUCAUCUCUCUCUCCUGCUCGUCUCUGGAGCGGACGGAGCUCUGAUUGGUUCUAGGGUGACCUUUAACCUCACCAGGCCGGACAAGCCGAUUGGCCCACAGCUCCAUGUGACCAGAGGGGGCGCCGUCUACGUCCUGUUUGGCUUCGGCAGCGUCGAGGCCACCUCUUUGAAGGAUAUUUUCAUUCAGGCGGACAGGAAGGCCACCCCUCCCCAGGCACUGCUCUCUGAGGACCCCGAUUGGGAGAAGCUGAGAGGGGAGAAUCUCUCCAGCCUGAUUCACGUGGCCGGUGGUCAUGUUGAAUACUUGGCCUCUCUCUCGGGCUCCACACUGAGUUGCAAUGACCUCCUCGUCACCACUAGAGGGAGCCUCUCUUUCAUCACAGGCUCCAACCUGCAGAGAAAAUGGAGCAUUCGCAUACCAAGAAUACAGAGUCCUCCGGUCUUUGGAUUCUUCAAUAAAGAUGACAUCCCUGAUAUUAUGCUGCAAGUUUCCACUGUCGAGGGACUGAGAAAGGUGCUGGUAAUUGACGGCUCGAGUGGGCGGAGCCUGUGGCAGGCAGAGUUCUGCUGCCACCUGCAGGCCGUGGGCGGAACAGCACUGGCAACAUCCACUGGCCAAUCGGCAUUCCUCUUCUGGGCCGACGACCUUCGACCUUCCGGAAAAGCCACCUCGCCCAAUCCCGUGACUCCAGAGUCCUUAGUCCUCCACCGGCUGUAUCUGCUCCACAGCACCUAUCCCACAAUCCUCCUGGAGCUGAUGUCAAGCACAGACACCAUCCUGUCCACGGGAGCGAGGUACGUGGAUCAACAGAAAGACGCGUUUUACGUUACCGUAGCGACGAGGCCCGCGCCCGAUUCUUCAAGCACCGAGCCUGGGGCUCAGGUAGUCAGCAGGCUGAGUUUGAAGAGGGCUGUGACCCACGCAACGCCGGUGGCCCUGGGCCCCCCCUCGCACCCCAUGGGGCCCUUCGAAGUCGCCAAUUUCUUCAACAAACUGGAAUUUAUUAAAACGCAAAAGUAACAGGUGCUCCCUAUCGGUCGAUAUGACCACAUGGAGGACAAACAAAGGGAGGAAGCUGAUUGGUGGAGACCUCGCAGGUUGCCACGGGAACAAGGCAUCAUAAGACUAUUGGCUGCUCAAUAUUUAUUUCGUUGUUAUUUUAAGAUUUAUUUAUUGUAUUUGAACAGAAUGAGGUUUCAAAUCCGUCAAAUGUUUAUUGAGUUAGUUUGAGCGUUUCUGCGCAGGAGGGCUCGGAUCUCGCCCUGCGUUUCUGCGCAGGAGGGCUCGGAUCUCGCCCUGCGUUUCUGCGCAGGAGGGCUCGGAUCUCGCCCUGCGUUUCUGCGCAGGAGGGCUCGGAUCUCGCCCUGCGUUUCUGCGCAGGAGGGCUCGGAUCUCGCCCUGCGUUUCUCGCCCUGUGUUUCUCGCUCUGCGUUUUUAGGGAUGGUACGCUGAUGCAAUAAUGUGUAAAUAAGUUUCGUGUGAGAAUUGAAUGGAAUGUAAAGCAUAU